AUGCAAACUAAAAUCAACGAACAAGAAGAAGUGAUUAGACAGUUAAGACAGCAGGGUGCUCCUGCAGUGCCUGCUCCAGAAAUUCCAGUGCCACCUGCCCCUGCUGUCCAGGCCGAACCAGUGGUUGUAAUGAAUCGGAUGGAGCCUCUGUAUGAAAGGUUCCGUAAGCAGGCACCUCUGGAGCUGUUUAAUGCCAAGUACUAUAAUGAGGCCGUCAGAAGUGUCAAGAGAAAAGAGUUCACUCACUUGACCCAGAAGGAAAACAUGAGUGUUACAGAGUAUACGACCCAGUUUGAUCGUUUGGCGAGGUUCGCUUCGGGAAUAGUGCCAACCAAUUUCAGUAAAAAGGAGAAACAUCUGGAUUGGUUAAAUGCGAAGAUUAGACAUGAUCUAAUGAUUACUACGGACGACAUAACCACCUAUGCUGAAAUGGUGGAUAAGGCACUGCGAGCUGAGGGUGCAGUUGGAUGCAUGACAGAGUCUGUUGGGACUCCAGUGAAAAGGAAAGCAUCCACUGCAACCGGUGGCUCAGGUCAGAACAAGAGGUUCUGGGGGAACCAGGGUCGAGGCAGUCGCCAGGGUAGUUCUGAGACCCGAUACACUUACCCAGAGUGCCCCAGUUGUAAAAGGCACCAUCUGGGGGAGUGUAGAGGACAAGGGUGCUUUCAGUGUGGCAUGUCAGGGCAUUACAAGAGGGAUUGCCCUCAACUCAGAAAUGAAGCACCAAAGGCUCCAGCGAAACCCACUCCAGCAAGGGUGUUCGCCAUAACUCAGGCUGAUGCAGAAGCCAGCCCUUCAGUGGUGACAGGGAUCUCGGACCCCAGUGAUUUCGGCCUUAUCAGCUAA